AUGGGCGCGGGCGGCCCCCGACGGGGCAUGGGCCCCCCAGACGGCGGCUGGGGCUGGGCGGUGCUGGGCGCCUGCUUCGUGGUCACCGGCUUCGCCUAUGGCUUUCCCAAGGCCGUGAGCGUCUUCUUCCGCGCGCUCAUGCGUGACUUCGGCGCUGGCUACAGUGAUACCGCCUGGGUGUCCUCCAUCAUGCUGGCCAUGCUCUACGGCACGGGCCCGGUGUCCAGCAUCCUCGUGACCCGCUUUGGGUGUCGCCCAGUGAUGCUGGCAGGUGGGCUGCUGGCUUCCGCCGGCAUGGUCCUAGCUUCCUUUGCUACGCGCCUCGUGGAGCUAUAUCUGACGGCUGGGGUGCUCACAGGCCUGGGCCUGGCCCUCAACUUCCAACCAUCGCUCAUCAUGCUGGGGCUGUACUUCGAGCGACGGCGGCCUCUGGCCAACGGGCUGGCGGCGGCGGGCAGCCCAGUGUUCCUGUCCGCGCUGUCGCCGCUUGGCCAACAGCUGCUCGAGCACUUCGGCUGGCGCGGCGGCUUUCUGCUGUUCGGCGGGCUCCUGCUGCACUGCUGCGCGUGCGGAGCUGUCAUGCGGCCGCCGCCCGGUCCAGGGCCACCACUGCGCGGGGACAGCGCCGGGGACCGCUCUGGGGACGCUCCGGGAGAGGCGGAAGCUGAGGCGAGCGGCUCUGGGCUGCACUUGCGCGAGGCCCCCCCUGGCGGUCGGCCCCGCCGGCGUCUGCUGGACGUAGCAGUGUGCUCCGACCGCGCCUUUGUAGUGUACGCGGUCACCAAGUUCAUGAUGGCUCUCGGGCUCUUCGUGCCCGCCAUCCUGUUAGUGAACUACGCCAAGGACGCGGGCGUGCCUGACACCGACGCCGCCUUCCUGUUAUCCAUCGUGGGCUUCGUGGACAUCGUGGCGCGGCCAGCGUGCGGCGCCCUGGCGGGCCUGGCGCCCCUGCGAAAGCGAGUCCCUUAUCUCUUCAGUCUGGCCCUGCUGGCCAAUGGGAUCACGGACCUGAGUAGCGCGCGCGCGCGCUCGUAUGGCGCCCUUGUCGCCUUCUGCAUCGCUUUCGGCCUCUCAUAUGGCAUGGUGGGCGCGCUGCAGUUCGAAGUGCUCAUGGCGACCGUCGGUGCGCCCCGCUUUCCCAGUGCGUUGGGCCUGGUGCUGCUCUUGGAGGCUGUGGCGGUGCUCAUAGGACCGCCCUCCGCCGGCCGCCUGGUGGAUGCUCUGAAGAACUACGAGAUCAUCUUUUACCUGGCAGGCUCAGAGGUGGCCCUGGCUGGGAUCUUCAUGGCUGUUGCCACCAAAUGUUGCCUGCGCCGCUCUAAGGAUGCCCCUUCAGGUCCAGGAACUGAGGGUGGGGCCAGUGACACUGAGGAAGUCGAGGCCGAAGGGGACCCUGAGCCCCUGUCUGCUGGUGCUGAGGAGGCUAGCAGACUGGAGGCCUUGGAGGUGCUGAGCCCCCGGCUUGGGUCCUCGGAACCAGAGGUGGAGGCAGAGCCAAGGUUGGCCCCGGAGGCUGUGUAG